AUGGAUGUUGAUGAUAUAACAGUCAGUCCUGAAGUGGCUAGUUUGCAUAAUCAGAUUUCUGCUUGUGAUUCUAUCCUGGAGAGAAUUGAGGGUAUAUUAACGAGUUUUCAUGAAGAUUUGGGUGCAAUCAGUACAGAAAUUCAAGAUUUGCAGAGCAAAUCAUUGAUAAUGAAUACUAGGCUGCAAAACAGACAGGCUGUUCGUAGUAAUUUGAGUCAGUUUCUCUCUGACAUGGCCAUACCUGAAGAGCUUAUUCGUCAUAUUCUGCUCACUCCUGUCACAGAACAAGAAUUUCUUGAAAAUCUUCAUGAAUUAAAUCACAAAAUGAAUUUCGCCCUAGAGCAAUCCACUGUAGAUUAUAAGUCAUUCAGUGAUGUUAGUGUUCUUUUAAAAAAGCUAAAAAUUAAGGCUGUGACGAAAAUUCGAGAGUUUUUGUUGGGAAAAAUAUAUGCCUUACGAAAACCACUUACAAAUUACCAAGUCCCUCAAAAUCAGAUGUUAAAAUUUCGAUUUUAUAAUUCAUUCCUUAUGUCUCAUGAUCGAGAAGUAGCAAAGGAGGUUAAGGUGGAAUACAUUAAUACAAUGAGUAAAGUUUACUACUCUUAUUUUAAGGCUUAUGGUGGCAAAUUAACAAGGUUACAACUUGAUACGACCUAUGAGAAAGAUGAUUUAUUAGGAAAAAAUCCAGAUAAAUAUAAUUCAACAUCAACUGCGUCUAGUUUAAUGUUCAAUUCAAUUUCUAAUGUUGCUAAUAAUACUGCUAUUUCAACGUCAAUAAAUUCAGGGACGCGUGUUGGACUUUUUGGAUUAGGUGACCGUGCACUACGUGUAUUGAGUAAUUCAAAUUUAGAAAGUGCAAUAAUUUUGCCACAUGUAGCCAGUAAUGCUGAAGCUAAAUAUCCUAUAGAGGUUUUAUUCCGUUCUAUUCAUUAUGCUCUUCUGGACACUGUAUGUCGAGAGUACUAUUUCCUGUCAGAUUUCUUCCUUCUCAGUGCAGAAUCUGAUCUAUCUGAUAAGACUACAUCUAGUGAAAAUCGAAAACAAAAUGGUGUCGCCCUAGCUAAUUUAUUUGACCAAGUCAUGUCUCGUAGUUUAAAUUGGAUACAAAAAUAUACUGAGACGUUUGUAAUUUCUUCAUGUUCUCAUGAUGCAAUCGGUUUACUGAUCUGCCUUCAGUUAUUGCAUGCUAUGUUGCGUUUAGCCAAAGAAAGGGGUGUAUCCGUGUUGGAUAACUUUUGGAGUAAAAUGACGGAAACAUUAUGGGUGCGUGUUACUGACAGACUUGAUGUGCAUAUAUCUUCAAUGUUACAGUAUUUGGAUGUUAAUAGUUUUAGUACAGAUGCACGUGAUAUGGUAAAAGCCAAUGUGUCUACUCCAGGAAAUCCUAAUACAACUGGGGGCAGUGCUGCUGGUUUGCAUCCGAAAAUGUAUGCUCUUAUUCGUCCCCAUUGGAUAGCUAGACGUUAUGCUGAACUGGCAGCUAGUCUUCAUUCCAUUGGACAUGGAUUCCCCGGAACUCCACUUUUUGAUGACUCUGUCGGUAAAUCGAAAAGUUCAGACAAUUCUAAGUUACAAUACUCUUUACACUCUGUUUCUUCAUCAUCAUUAUCAUCGUCGCAAAAUCACUUAAAUUAUCCCAGUGUAAAGCCUGGUCUUGAUCCUCGUAUUCUUAGUCGUUUGGCUCAGUUACAAACUCAGUUUGAACAUGUACUAAAUUCUUUGGCUAAGACAUUCUCUCGUCCGAAAUUGGCACACAUCUUUUUGAUCAAUAAUUACGACUUAGUUAUAAGUGUACUAACUGAACACGGAGCUGGUGAUUCUCUAGAAGUUGUUCGAUGCCAGGAGUCUGUAGGAAAGUAUACAACAGCAUAUAUUGAUGAGGCUUUAUCACCAUAUUUCGGAUGUUUGAUAUCUUUCGUUCGUGAUGUAGAAACUAGAUUAGCCAGUGGAAAGCAUUCACCAACAGAUCAAACUGAAGCAUCACAGACUAUUCGUAGUGAGGAAGCCCGUGUUACACGAAUUGUAAAAGGAUUUAAUAUCGAUUGGAAGAAUUCAAUUGAGAAAAUACACGAUGAAGUUAUGAUGGAAUUCGCUAAUUUCACUCUAGGCACACAGAUAUUUCAAGCGUUACUUGCCCAAUUGAUUCAACAUUAUCAUCGUUUUCAAAAGGUGAUGACACAAAGCCCAUACAAGAAUAUGCCUAUACGUAAUCAACUAGUAAAUAUACAUCAAAUAACCAACGAAAUGAAAAAGUGUAAAACAAAUUUCUCUUGA